AUGUUUCAUGUGAAAAGUAAAACUAUUUUUGUUCCCGAUGAAAGGUCAGAUUACUUUGGAUAUGCAGUGUCUUUGAGCCAUUUAGGACUUCACGUGGGAGCGCCAAAGGCGAAAAGCAGGACAGUGAGAGGCAGUUUUCCUGGGCUCGUAUUCUCAUGCCCAGUGACACAUUUAGACAGCGGAAACGCGAGUUGCGACCCUCUCGGAAAAAAUGAUAGUUACAAUCGUCGCAUGAGGAUUCACCUUCCAAACGAUUUCUAUAAAGAUGACAUGUGGUUUGGAGCUGUUAUCACUGUAGCUAAAGAUAAUUUAUUGAUUUGUGGACCCAGAGAUGUGAGGCAAUUUAACGAGAAAAAUCUGCUGAUAAACGGUGUAUGCUUAAUCCGCGGGAGGAAUAAAGAACAGGGAAUAUACCCAUUAAGGGAUAACGUGCGCCAAGCGUACCGAACAGAUGGUCUCAGAAAAGAAUAUGGAGAAUACGGCUAUCACCUCAAUUAUUUUGCCUAUGGCCAAGCCGGAAUGUCUGCAACGGUUACAAAGAAUAACGAUAUCAUUAUUGGGGCUCCAGGAGUGUUGCAAUGGACAGGUGCCGUUGUGGAAUACAAAUUGAAACUAUCACCUUACAAAGAACCUACGAUGAAUCCUUACCAUACUUUAGAGUUGGGACCUGACGAUUAUUUUGGCUACAGUGUCGAGUCAGGUAUUUUUGAAGAAAACGGGACUGUUUUACGCGUCGCUGGAGCACCUCGAUCCAGCAAAGGUUACGGUCAGGUGUUUAUAUUUGAGGCUCCUACAAGAGAAACGGAUCCCCUUAAGAUCAAGACUCGGUUCGCAGGUCCACAGUUAGGCUCAUAUUUCGGAGCUAGCCUAUGCACGGUUGACAUCGAUAGCGAUGGUCUGGACGAUUUAUUGGUUGGAGCACCAAAUUAUGCGAACCGAGAUGGAACCAUCAAAUACGACCAAGGAGCAGUUUUUGUCUAUAUGUCUAGAAAAGAGGACUUCCGAUUCGUAUUAAGAGAGUCUGGUCACGUGAUGGGGUCUGGAGAGAGCGGAGCUCGAUUCGGUACUACUAUAGCAGAUUUAGGAGAUGUGGACGGCGAUGGAUUUAAAGAUGUUGCGAUAGGAGCGCCUUGGGAAAACGAUGGUGCAGGUGCAGUAUAUAUCUACCGAGGGAAUGAGAACGGAUUAAGUAACCAAUAUGACCAAAGAAUUUAUGCGGAAGGUGCGAGAAGUUUCGGUAUAGCUUUAUCAAAAGGAUAUGACGUUGAUAAUAAUAAGUAUAACGAUAUAGCUGUGGGUGCUCACAAUAGUGGCACAGUAUACAUGUAUCGCAGUAUACCAACGCUCCAUGUGGUUACAUCAAUAAAAGUUCCAGAUGCUAAGAGUAUGAAACAGAAUGCUACCCAUUUUAGUGCAAUGUUCUGCAUCACCGUAUCAAGGAGUCAAAUCGUGACUAACGCUGAAAUAGAAAUGAAAGCCUCCAUUUCCGUGGAUCCGGAAGGUAACAGAGCCAAAACACUCGGCGAAGAAGAGUACACCAUCAAAGUGAAAUCAGGCUUCGAAACUUGUGACGAACAAAUCAUAGAAGUUAAUAAUCAGUCAGAUUUAUCGAAACCUAUCUUGCUGAAAUUCGAUUUAGAGCCAAUACAAAAUUUAGACAAUUUAUUAAACUUUCCUACAAACAUGGCGAGGGUCUCGAAGGAGUCGAAUUUGCACUCUUCUUUCCUGAUCCAGUUGCUCAGUGACUGCGGUGAUGACUUGGUCUGUACGCCGUGGCUAGAAAUGUACCUGGAAUCUUUAAAUAGUCCCUUUAUCCCAGGUGCAAAUGGAAAGCUAGGAGUAAAAAUUACAGUUCUCAAUAAAGAGGAACCAGCAUACAGUGUUAAGUUGCGAGUGUCUCUUCCAUGUCCACCAAAAAGGCUACUCGAGUCAUGCUCCUUAGAAAAACUGGACAUGAUCUGUGAUCUUCCAGCUCCGUUGAAGAGAAACAGGACAGCUGAAUGGGAAGUUGAAUUGGAGUAUACUUGGAGUGGUACUGAUGAAUCGUUGACUGUGAAAGCAGCUCUCGAAGACCCUACCUAUAUGAGGAACAUAAGUGACGUACCGAAGCAAAUGGUGAUACCAAUUGUGCCCAAAAGUAAUUAUACAUUUAGUGGAAAAUCUCUGCCUAACAGUACCAUCAGCAUCACACGAGAUACUUUUAAAAAAAACGCCGACGUUUUGUUCACUCAUUACUUUGAGGUUGGCCUCUGCCCUACCGGUGUUUUCGAGGCAUUACAAAAAAGUUCUAGAAUAGCUGCCCGUCCUUUUCUUCCCAUACCGCCAAAUACAUUUUUUUUCAAGGUAACAAAUCGAGGUCCAUCCGAAUUUUAUCAUGUUAGCGCUAUUGCGUAUCUUCCUGAAGAGGCUGAUAUAACAGACGCUAUAGAAGAAGUGACUAUGGAAGACGAUAAAAUGAAGUUUAAUAUUGAAUCUUUAAAAGCUGGCACCACAAAGACAUAUGUUUUACCAUUAAGAUUUAAUAUGGAUAAAUUCGGUAAAAGUUUUAAGUUUAUAAAAGCAGCACUUGCCGAGUUUCCUGCCAAUUCUUCUCCUUACAAGAUCUCCCGAUGUAAAUUUGCAAACCAUGAAUGGGCCGGCUCGACCGGAGUGAUACCACGGCCUCACAGAAAACCGACGUCAACGACUGUUACAACUACCCUCAUUCUGGAACCAAAACCACCUCUAUGGCCGGUUAUUGUUGGCUCAGUAGCGGGUCUACUGCUGCUUGCCCUGAUCAUCCUAGCUUUAUACAAGUUGGGAUUCUUCUCGAGACAGAAGAAAGAGGAAUUGAAACAACUAAUAGAAAACACUUCUCAAGAGGAAGAUCCAGCGUCAUCAACGAGUCCUUCGUCGUCAAAACACAUGAACUCUAGUCAAGAGCUUUUAGAUUCAGAUACAGAAUAAUUUUAGGGGAUAUUGAGAGAAAUUUAAUGGAGAAAUUUUAACCAUAGAGAUGCCAUUGCAUUACUUUUACGAAAAAAAGAAAUAUGUAAAA